AAAUGUUCUAAUCAAAAAAACCGCAAGUCGUAACUAAACGCACACAGUCAUUUCCUUUUUAAAUGGUCUAUACCAGGUGCGUGUAAAAAAGCAUUCCUUGCUAAACUUUAAAUAUAAACAAAGAAAGAAAAAGUCCAAUAUCAUACUGCCUCCUACCCUUUAACAACUCUUGUAUUUUUUUGCUGUAAACGUCUGGUGUUUUUAGCUAAAACAACUUCCUGUAAACUAAUACAUACACUAACAAUAACAAAAUAAUAUUUAAAAACCCAACAACAAUAAUGCAAACAAAUUGAAAAUCCUCUUGAAAAAUAUUACUGAAAAAGAAAAUAGCAAAAAGCCACACGAAGCCAAAAAUAUCCACAAUAUUGGAAUACUUAACAACUGGGUGUUUCUACGAACGAGCGACACUUUUUAAAGUUGGAAACUUAAAAUCAACAAAAACAAAAAACUACAACAAAAUAAAAGAAAAUACUCCAUCCAUAAUCAGGCAAACUAAGCCAACUAAGUACAGAACUAACUAACGAAAUAUUGAGUCAGUCAGACAUUUAUACAACAAACAAAUAAAUAAAGAACUAAAAUUGAAAAAGCAAAAAAGAAGUUAUACUACAACCAGUCAACCCAACUUAAGGAAAACAUAAAAAGAAAAACUAUCAAAAUCUAUCGUCCUACUUAUUGUCAUAAUAAUAAAAAAAAAAUAGAGAAAACUAAAGGAAAAUACUGAAAUUAAAUAGUAUACAAUUUUAUUUUAUAUUAUAAAUAUACGUAUUUGUGGUAGUCUCGUCUUUGUCGCGUUUACACGUACUACCUUAAAAAAGUUGCUGCUAAGUGAGUGAGUGAAUGAGUGUUUGUGUAAAAUUUUAUUACGUGUUCGUGUCUACUUGUUUUUCAACUAUUCAAUAGUGGCUUCUAAGCUUAUCAAACAACCCAACAGUCAAACGAACCGUCAGGCAGCCAACUAACAAAACAACUAUAAAACCACCCACUCAGCAGGGGCAGCCUGUUUCCUUUCUUAUCAUCAUUUAUGCCUGCAAAUCUAAUACUUCUUUUACACACAAAUAAUUUCAACUUUUAAUAACUGCACACUUGGAUUGAAUUGGAUUGUAAAGGAUUAGUGUUGUUGUAUAGUUAUAGCCGUUACGUGUAAAGAGUGGUAGUAGUUGUGGUAAUUCUUUAACAACUACUUUACCACCCACCCCACCACAUCUUACACUUCCCCUCCAACUUUCUCCCUCUCCUGUCUGCCGUCAGUCUUCGUCAUCAUCAAACUGUAUUUAUUUAAUACUCAAAAUGUCAACGGAUAAGAUCAAAGUUGCUGUCAGGGUGCGACCCUUCAAUCGUCGUGAAAUCGAAUUAGGCACAAAAUGUAUUGUGGAAAUGGAAAAACAGCAGACAAUUCUGCACAAUCCUCCGGCCAUAGAUAAAAUAGAAAGCCGGAAACCCCCCAAGACAUUUGCAUUUGAUCAUUGUUUCUAUUCAUUAAAUCCAAAUGAUGAGAAUUUUGCUUCACAAGAGACUGUUUUCGAUUGUGUGGGACGUGAUAUAUUGGAUAAUGCAUUUCAAGGUUAUAAUGCUUGCAUAUUUGCCUAUGGACAAACUGGUUCGGGUAAAUCAUAUACCAUGAUGGGUACUCAAGAAUCCAAAGGUAUCAUUCCGCGUUUGUGUGAUAAUUUAUUUUCGGCCAUUUCCAAUAAAUCCACUCAAGAACUUAUGUACAAAGUGGAAGUAUCCUAUAUGGAAAUAUAUAAUGAAAAAGUUCAUGAUCUCUUAGAUCCAAAACCAAAUAAACAGUCUUUAAAGGUGCGUGAGCACAAUGUAUUGGGUCCCUAUGUGGACGGUUUGUCUCAAUUGGCGGUAGCAUCAUAUCAAGAUAUUGAUAAUCUUAUGACUGAGGGAAAUAAAUCACGUACUGUGGCUGCUACAAAUAUGAAUGCCGAAUCAUCUAGAUCUCAUGCUGUGUUCUCAGUAGUAUUAACUCAGAUUUUAACUGAUCAGGCUUCGGGUGUGACUGGUGAAAAGGUGUCACGCAUGUCUCUGGUGGAUUUGGCUGGGUCUGAAAGAGCUGUUAAAACAGGUGCUGUGGGUGAUCGUUUGAAAGAGGGUUCAAAUAUUAAUAAAUCACUUACUACUUUGGGUUUGGUUAUAUCAAAAUUGGCCGAUCAAUCUAAUGGCAAAAAGAGUGGUGGAGAUAAAUUUGUUCCCUAUCGUGAUUCUGUGUUAACAUGGCUUUUAAAAGACAACUUAGGUGGCAACUCUCGUACCGUGAUGGUGGCCACAAUAUCUCCCUCGGCUGAUAAUUUUGAAGAAACCUUGUCUACUUUACGUUAUGCCGAUCGUGCUAAACGUAUUGUCAAUCAUGCUGUAGUCAAUGAGGAUCCUAAUGCUCGUAUUAUUCGUGAACUACGCCAUGAAGUGGAGACUUUGAGAAAUAUGCUUAAACAUGCCACUGGUUCACCAGUGGGUGAUAUCAAUGAUAAAUUGGCUGAAAGUGAAAAUUUAAUGAAACAAAUCUCUCAAACUUGGGAAGAAAAAUUGGUUAAAACUGAACGCAUACAAAAUGAGCGUCAACAGGCUUUGGAAAAGAUGGGCAUUAGUGUACAAGCUAGCGGUAUUAUGGUGGAGAAAAACAAAUAUUAUUUAGUCAAUUUAAAUGCAGAUCCGUCCCUUAAUGAGUUGUUAGUUUACUAUCUUAAAGAACGUACUUUAAUCGGUGGCCAUACUAUAAGUGGUCCUCAGCCAGAUAUACAACUAUCGGGUUUGGGUAUACAACCCGAACAUUGUGUCAUUACCAUAGAAGAUGGUGGUCUCUUUUUGGAACCAUUCCCUGGAGCACGUUGUUUUGUAAAUGGCUAUGCAGCCGUCGAAAAAACUCCCAUAGCUAAUGGUGAUCGUAUCUUAUGGGGUAAUCAUCAUUUUUUCCGUGUAAAUUGUCCCAAAUCGGCUAAUGCCAAUAUGAAUUCGGAACCUCAGACACCGGCUCAAUUGAUCGAUUAUAAUUUUGCUCGGGAUGAAAUUAUGCAAAAUGAAUUAAGUAAUGAUCCUAUACAAACUGCUAUAGCGCGACUGGAACGUCAGCAUGAGGAAGAUAAACAGGUGGCAUUGGAAAAACAAAGACAAGAAUAUGAGCGACAAUUUCAGCAAUUACGCAAUAUUUUAUCGCCCAGUACUCCCUAUGCACCCUAUACUCCCUACGAUCCUUUGCGUUUGGGUAAAAUUACACCCAAUACACCCACCUCGCAAAUGCGUGUGGAAAAAUGGGCUCAAGAACGCGAUGAAAUGUUUAAACGUUCUUUAGGUCAAUUGAAGAAUGACAUUAUGCGAGCUAAUGCUUUAGUACAAGAAGCCAAUUUUCUUGCCGAGGAAAUGGAAAAGAAAACUAAGUUCUCUGUAACUCUACAAAUUCCUCCCGCUAAUUUAAGUCCCAAUAGAAGGCGUGGCGCUUUUGUAAGUGAACCGGCCAUUUUAGUGAAACGUUUAAAUUCGGGUAGUCAGAUUUGGAGUAUGGAGAAAUUGGAAAAUAAACUAAUUGAUAUGAGAGAAAUGUAUCAGGAACACAAGGAACGCGUCUUAAAUGGUUUGCCUCUCAUUGAGACCUUCUCAGAUGAGGAAGAUUCCGACGAGGAAAAUGAAAACUCUAAAAGUUUAGAUCCCUUCUAUGAGUCACAAGAAAAUCACAAUUUAAUUGGUGUAGCUAACAUUUUCUUGGAAGUGUUGUUCCAUGAUGUGAAAUUGGAUUAUCAUACACCCAUUAUAAGUCAACAAGGUGAAGUUGCUGGUCGACUUCAGGUCGAAAUACAACGUAUUGCCGGUCAAAUGCCCCAAGAUCGUAUGUGUGAAUCAAUAUCGGAAUCCUCUUCGGACUCACGAGAUGAUUAUGAAGAUGCUCCCGAUCCUAUGGCCAAUCAAGUAACAUGUCGUGUUACCAUUAAAUGCGCCUCUGGCUUGCCGUUAUCUUUGUCCAACUUUGUUUUUUGCCAAUAUACAUUUUGGGGUCAUCAGGAAACUGUGGUACCCGUCAUUAAUGCCGAAACUACGCCUAGAGAUCAGAAUAUGAUUUUUAAAUUUGAACACACCAAGGAUUUCACCGUGACCAUAAACGAAGAAUUCUUGGAACAUUGCAUAGAAGGUGCUCUUUCAAUUGAGGUCUGGGGUCAUCGUAGUGCUGGUUUCUCCAAAUCCAAAGGUUGGGAAGUGGAGCAACAACAGGCCAAGGCACGUUCCUUGGUGGAUCGUUGGGCUGAACUAUCGCGUAAAAUAGAGUUAUGGGUGGAAAUUCAUGAACUCAACGAUAAUGGUGAAUAUGCACCGGUGGAAGUAUCCAAUCCUACAGAAGUAUUAACCGGAGGCAUCUAUCAGUUGCGUCAGGGUCAACAACGCCGCGUACAUGUACGUGUCAAGCCCGUACAAAAUUCCGGCACUUUGCCCAUAAUUUGCCAGUCAAUAGUUAAUAUAGCUAUUGGUAGUGUCACCGUACGCUCACGUUUGCAAAGAGCCCUAGAUUCUUAUCAAGAAGAAGAUCUUACCAUAUUAAGAGAAAAAUGGAGUGAGGCUUUAGGCAGAAGACGCCAAUAUCUCGAUCAACAAAUACAAAAACUCAUUAAAAAAGAGGAGAAAACCGAAGAAGAACGUGAACGAGAAUUAAGUUUAGUACAUCAAUGGGUGUCACUAACCGAAGAACGUAAUGCGGUAUUAGUACCAGCACCUGGUUCGGGUAUACCUGGAGCUCCGGCUUCUUGGAAUCCACCAUCUGGCAUGGAACCCCAUGUACCAGUUUUAUUCCUUAAUCUAAAUGCCGAUGAUCUCUCAGCUCAAAAUACUAACGAUGAAUUUUCUAUUGCUGGUAUAAAUUCCAUACUCUCCAAAGAACAUGGACACAAAUUCUAUACAUUACAAAUCUUACAACACUUGGAUAAAGAUGUUUGUGCAAUAUCCAGUUGGGACUCUUCAAUGCAUGACAGUCCCGCCUUGAAUCGUGUAACCGAGGCAAAUGAACGCGUCUAUUUGAUUUUACGCACCACAGUGCGUUUAUCACAUCCAGCACCCAUGGAUUUGGUAUUGCGCAAACGUCUCUGUAUUAACAUUAAAAAGGGUCCAAGCAUAACAGAUCGUUUGAAAAAAUUCCGUUUAGUAAGGACUGAAAAUACUAUUGCCUGUACAGGCGUUACCUAUGAGGUUGUAUCGAAUAUACCCAAAGCUUCCGAAGAGUUGGAAGAUCGUGAAUCUUUGGCUCAAUUGGCCGCCAGUGGAGAUGAUUGUUCAGCUAGUGAUGGUGAAACCUAUAUAGAAAAAUAUACACGUGGCGUCUCGGCAGUAGAAAGUAUUUUAACUUUGGAUCGUUUAAGACAAAAUGUGGCCGUUAAAGAACUGGAAACUGCCCAUGGCCAACCAUUAACUAUGCGCAAAACUUGCAGUGUACCCAACUUCUCACAGAUUAUGCGUUUUGAUGCUUCUAUGGAAUCUUUGUUAAAUGUGGGACGUUCGGAAUCCUUUGUAGAUUUGAAUCAAUCAUUAGGUUCAAAAUUCUUACCACAGCCAGCACAAACUACACCAGGCACCAUGAGAGAUUUUGGAACACGUUCACGUCAUAGUUUUGGCGGUAAAGGUAGCAAUGAUGAUUCUCCAGGAAAAGCAUUUGGUAUUGCAUCACCAGCUACAAGCAAAUUAAUGGGUAUGCGUAUGACCACAUUGCAUGAAGAACCCUUGGGAGGUCACCGUUCUCUGGCUGAAGAACCUGAGGAUAGUUACAGUGAUUCAGAAUACACAAAUGAAUAUGAACAGGAAAAGAAUCAACGUAAUAAUUAUCAAACGCCACGAUCACGUCUUACCUCCUCCAAAACCAUGGAUUCAUUUAUGGAUGUUAGCACACACUCUAAUAACAGUUAUUUAAGUUAUACAUCCAAUGUUAAUGCAAAUUUAAAACAUUUGACGGGCUUGGCCACACCCAGCAUGAGUUCAUCAACUUCAAGUGGUUAUGGAUCUCAAGCUGUUUCCUGCACCAAUUUAACUAAUGAUGAUAUUGCAUCAAUGCGCUCUAUGAGCAUUGACGAAACUCCAGACUUUGAUCGCAUUAAUUCGAAUUCCCCACCAAAUCGUCAAACGCAUCGAGUAAAUCCAUUCCUUAAAGAUAUGCCAAAGCCCUCGACUAACCACAAACACAUGGAAACUCUACCCACAAAUGCCGAACUUCAACAACCAAAGUCACAAAAUCAAAAUGAUUUAGCAACAACAACCACAACUACAACACAGCUGCCAACAGAAAUUAACAAUGCUCCUCUAACCACAAAAACAGAGCAAGACCAACAACUUGUCAUUGAAAAUAUCAGCAACACUGACGAGGAGCAGACACAGCAUUUGAAAAAUGAUCUCAACAAUGAAAGCCAAACUAAUAAUACUACCAACAACAGCACCACCAUCACAACAACAAUACAACCACAAGAGGAGCAUGAUCAAGAUCAAACAAUUAAAAAUCUUAAUAAUAACCAAACGAAUUCCAACAACAAUGAUACCAGCUCAAAUACCGACAAUCAAAACGGCAACGAAAUUAUUGAAGAGGGUACUGGUGUAGUAAGGACACCUCUGCCAGCUGGUAAAGUAGUGAGAAGAAAAAAGACUCCACCUCAGACAGGUGGUGGUAAUGGCAAUGGGAAUGGUAAUGAUUUGAUGACAUCUAGUGUUACAAAUACAACGACCAUUAAUAACAAUAAUAAUCGUUCAAAUGCAAUGCAUCGUGCUUCGUUGGCUAAAAUGGAGGGUCUAUUGUCAAACUCUAAUGAUCAUUUGAAUGUUUCAUCGUCGAUGUCAACUAGCAUGGAAAUUGAGGAUGAUAAACACAUUGAUGUAACCUUACCCGAUUGGGUUGUGGUUGGUGAAUCGGUUUUAAUUAGACCUUAUAACACCAGCGGAGUUAUUAGUUACGUGGGCACUACACACUUCCAAAAGGGAACAUGGAUUGGCGUUGAACUUGAUACACCAACGGGUAAAAAUGAUGGCAGUGUUCAGGGUAUACAAUAUUUCCAAUGUAAACCCAAACAUGGCAUGUUUGUAAGAUUCGAUAAAUUAAUAUUGGACAAACGAGGCAAAGCAAUGAGAGCCUACAAAGCCGAAAAAACAAGCAAAGAAGCUGCUUUGCCACGCUCAAAAAGUCGCGGUGAAUCUUUGAGCACUUUGAGUGGCUCUGGUGGGCGUAAAUGAUUAUUUCCGAAAUGUUCGCAUCAAAUGCAACGAUGGGCUAAUUGUAGGCAAUCCACAUUAGUUACGGCCACCAUAAAUAGAACUAAUAG